ACGACAUAACCUCUAACAACCUGUCGUCUGCUAUCAAUUCCGGAUGACCACGGUGACGCAGGCCGUGUGUAUAUUCGCUCGGUUCCGUUAAAAGUCGCGCAUGAUUUAUUACGGUUCGGAGCCUUUUGGAAUGCGUCAGCAAUGCUGUGCUAAGCCAUCAAACUUUCUAAUAUUUGUGGCCUAAGUGUUUGAAAGAAUUCAAUAAAUCAAGAAGAUGAAUAAUCAGGCAUUCAGUUUAGCUGAAAGACUUAUUCCUUCAACCUACGUACAACAAGGUUUAAAUGCAAAGAAAGCACGUGAAAAUCUUAUACGACACUUUAUCGAACAUCAAAAAUGGCCAGAAGAGGGUUGGGAUGAUGCAACAAUAGAAGCUUUUCUCUCAGAUCUAUCACAAAUGGACAGCAAUAAUUUUCCUUCCAAUUGUAGUGUUGGAGAACGUGAAGCAAGAAUUGCAUCAAACAUUGUUGCAAGGCGACAUUUUCGAAUGGGUCAUGGUAUAGGUAGAUCGAGUGAUUUAGAUGAAGUACAACCAAAAGCUGCAGGAAGUAGCUUAAUGUAUAAAUUAACAAAUGCUUUAGUACUUGAAGUUAUUCGAUAUAUGGGUGUAAAAAGUAUAGCAGGUUGUUUUUUAUCACCAAUGGCUACUGGCAUGAGUUUGGUGUUAUGUAUGUUAACAUUCAAACAGGAUAGACCACGAGCAAAGUAUGUCCUGUGGCCUAGAAUUGAUCAGAAAUCAAGCUUUAAAUCAAUAAUCACAGCAGGAUUAGAACCAAUUGUUAUCGAAACCAAAAUAGUUGGAGAUGAAUUAAAGACAGAUAUGCCAAGACUUGAAACUCAAAUGGCAGCUUUAGGUGAAAGUGUUGCUUGCGUGCUUACGACAACUAGCUGUUUUGCACCCAGGGCGUGUGAUUCCAUUGAUUCAAUUGCAGCACUUUGUACUCAAUAUAACAUUCCUCAUUUAGUAAAUAAUGCAUACGGUUUACAAAGUACAAGAUGUAUGCAUUUGAUUCAAGAAGCAUCGCGUAAAGGCCGUGUCGAUGCUUUCGUUCAAAGCACAGAUAAGAAUUUUCUAGUGCCAGUUGGUGGAGCAAUUAUUGGUUCAUUUGACAAAAAUCUAUUAGAUCGCAUAUCAAAGAUGUAUCCAGGUCGUGCAAGCGCUAGCUCCAUCAUGGACGUAAUGAUAACGUUACUAAGUUUAGGAAUGGCAGGUUACAAGCAAUUAAUAACGCAACGUAAAGAAAUGUAUUCAUAUUUAAAGGAAGAACUUGGGAAAUUAGCAGCAAGACACGAUGAAAGAUUGCUAGACACUAAAGGCAAUCCUAUAUCAAUGGGAAUGACUCUUCAAUGUUUAAGUCAUCAGCAUGAUAAUAAGCAAGUUACAAUGUUAGGUUUUAUGUUAUUUCUCCGCAAUGUUAGUGGUACAAGAGUAAUAACAACAACAGAAACCAAGCAUAUUGUUUCAUAUAAGUUUGAAGGUUGGGGAGCUCAUAAUAGUAAUUAUCCAGUACCAUAUUUAACUGCUGCUGCAGCUUUAGGUAUGAAAAAAUCAGAUGUGGACAUGUUUAUACAACGAUUAGAUAAAGCUUUGACUAAAGUGAGAAGGCGUUCAGCUCCAGUUACACCAACAGCAUCUCUUGCUGGAUCCAGUAUUAAUGGAGAUGCAGGAGGUACUGGUGGUCCUGGAGAAUCAAGCACAGCUUCAACUAGCCGAGCAAGUAGUAAAGAUAGUUUGAGAAAAUGAACCGUAAUCAACGCAACUGGUCAGUCGAAUCAGUAUAUUAACUUGUAAGUAAAUUAUUACUUACAAUUAGUACAUGUUGCAUAUUUCUGAAGAACGUUUUACACUUUUUUUUAAAUUUAAAUAAUUAAUUUUUUUAUUGGAUAUAUUUAAAAUAUAUAAUUUAUAUUAAUUUACAAUUUCAUUUCUCCAAAUUAAGUUAGGCUACUUCUUAAAUAUUUAUUCAAGUAAUAAUAUUUUGUAAUAAAAUUAUAUUCUAAAGAAGUACGCAACAGUAAAAUAUGCUGAUUCACCUGUCCACUUGCGUUGUAAUAUUGUCAAUUGUCAUGAAAUAAAGGAAGAGAAUUCCAUACAAAUAUUAACAUCGGGAUAUCUAAGCCAAUAUUCAAGAAAAAAGAAAAUGUAAGUAUAUUCUACACAUUCAUUGAAAGAUAUUAACUAGUAAGCGCUGGCCACAAGAGUUAUAUUUGUUAAUAUAUAUAUAUACAGUUACUUUUUAAACAACAAUUAAUUUUCUGUUCGUAGAAGCGCGAUUCUGUUUAAAUGUAUUUCCAAGAAUCGGCAAAUUUGAUCUCAUUAAAAUUAGUAUAAUAUCCUUAUACUAUGUUUUAAAACAAUUACUACUUCAUAUUUUAAGUUUAAAGUUAUUAGUUAGCAUUCUUUUCUGUAAUUUUUUCGUGUUAGAACAUCAAAAUAAUAUAAAAAAUUUACUUUCACUUAGAAAUAAUAUAAGUCUAUCAAUGAUCAUAGAAAGAAGACAUGUUAUUACUAAGAGAGAUUUAUAAUAGAUACAGUAUUUGCUUAAUCACACUGUUAUAGAAAGUGUGUGCAAAAAUUAGAAGCACUAUAUAAAACAAAAGGAUACUCCAAAAUCUUUAUGAAUUGAAUACAGAUAGAAACAUGCUAUUUAUAAUUUUUAAUUUUUUUUGUUUAUUUUGCAAAUAUUCAUUUGUAGGUUACAUUAUACACAUAUAUUUCAUAUAUUCAUAAUGUUUAAACUUUGUUAUGAUCAAAACAAUUCUUUAUAUAAUAACAAUAUUAUCUUUUCAAUAUUUUUAAAAAAACAAUGAAUAUGCAAAAAAAGCAAUCAUUCUCUAAAUGCCCAUACAAAUUUUUGUAUGCAUUUAUAUUGCACACAAUAAUUUGUACAUGCAGUCAUGAAGAAAAGUACAUUGAAGAUUCACCUUUGGAUAAAUUAUUUCUCAAUAUGUUAAUAUGUACAUUCCUUCAAGUAUAGUAAAAUAAGUCAAUUAAUAUUUGGUACAAUAUUCAAUAAAAUCAGAGAAAUUAACAGAUAUUAAAGAACAAAGUUUAAAGCAUUUAAAUGAUUCUAGCAAUUAUUUUAAUAAUACCAAUGUUGCAAAUGUUAUUUGUAUUCAAGUAUAUUCAAUUUAUCGUUGGUUUUUACUUUAAAAGUUUAUAAAAUACAAUAUCUAUUUUAAUGGUUGCAAAAUCUUACUGUUUAGACUUCCUAUUGUGUACAUUUUAAUAAUACAAUAUAAUGUUUGUUGAUAAUAUAUUAAUAUUAACUCAGAAGAAAGCAAUAUAAUGUACAAAAAUAAUUAACAAGUUAUAUAGGUUGUUAAAACUACAGGAAAAAAUCAAACAUAGAAAAACUCAUAUUAUGUUAUCAUACUUGAUUAUAAAUAAAUAAAUAAUAUUUGUUAGUUCAUAAAUAAACUUUGAAUAAUUUUUGGAAAUCAGAAAAAUAAUUUCUGAAUUAAUGAAAUAUUACAGAAUUGUUAUUCAGGGUGAAUCAUAUAUGCUAUUGUAGAAUGUAUUAUCAUUAUAAAAUUACUGAUGAACAAAGAUAACAUAUAGUAAGAAUUAUAAAAAAGAAUGUUAUAGAAUAUUACAUUGUACUUUAGUAUUGUACUUUAUGCUAAUGAAAUUCCUAUGUACAUACAGAUGUUUUUAAUUUCUCUAUUACUGUUUACUUAAAUCUUAAUGUAUAUAUUACUUUGUUUAUUACUUAACUAUAUUAUAAUUUUAUAUUAAAAAGGCCAGCUCACAUAUACAUAUACAUUAUAAAACCUGCCUUUUACAAGAAACAACGAUUUUUAUGGUCCUACUUUAUCAAUGCUUUUUAAUUAUUUUUGUAUGUAUACUUUUCAAUUUUUGUCAAUAUCAUUGUAAAAAAAAAAAGAAAAGAACAAAUCACAUUUUUAAAUAGAUACAAUAGAUAGAUUAUUUAUUGGAGGUGUCCUACUAUUAAAACAAAGUAUUAUAAAUGAAACCAUAUAAAUCUUAUUCAAUUUAUGUAUUUUUCAGUUUAUUGCAAUUAACACGUACUAUUGGCUGUGAAAUAUUUUACUCGAUAUAUGUUAUAAAUUAAGAAAAAAAAGAUAAUUAUUCACAAUUUCACAAACUUCAGUUAUAUCUUUAAAAGAAAUAUUGUUUACUUUUAAUAUUUGGAAAAAAAAUCUAUACAUUGCUGAUAUUGUAUAUACACAAUUGUUUUAACAUUUAAAAAAUAUAUAAAGUAUUGAAGGUACUAAAUGUAAACAACUUAUGCAUUUUGAAUUAUAUUCAAAACACCACUAAUCCCAAUAUUACAUUCUCCUAAUCAUAAUAUGUAUGUAUUUAUGUUCUACUAUCUAAAUGAUCAUUUUACACAUACUGUACUUGCUUAAAAUUCAAAUGGAAAUAAAAAACCAUUCGACUUAAAAAAAAAAAUUACAUUAACAUAACUAUUUCAAUACGUAUUUCCAUUUGAAAAUUUAAACAGUGUGCAUACAUCAAUAUGGUAGUAUAUACUACUACUAAUCAAAGAUACUUAUAUGUAUGAGUAUAAAUACAAUUCUAAGCUCUUCCCCAGUACGAUUAUCAUCUGAUAGUCAAUGCUUUAUUUGUAACAUAUGCAACUAUUGGAUAAAUAAAAAUAAAAAUAUUAAACAAAA